UAAAAUUUUUUGUGAAUUUGAUAAACUCUUCUGUCUUCCAAAAAAUCUUCGUAUUCCUAAAAAAAUCAACUCAAUUAUGUAGUUGAAUAAUGAAAAAUAAUCCAGCUAAAUACCUCGUUGUUCCCGAAGGUUACGUACAUUUUUUUGCCAAUAAAAAUUCCAUCACUCAUACUCCUGGAAAUUGUAGUUCAUGUUCUUUACAUUUCGAAAAUUUCUCUAAACCAAAAUGAAAUUAGAGAAGAAGGAAUAUAUAUGUGAUAUUUGCAAGCAGAUAUUUCUUCGAAGACGUUACUUCGUGCAGCAUUUUCGCAGACAUACCAAAAAAUCCGAUAAAAAUGAAAACGAAAACGCAGCUUCUUUGACGGAUUUACUACCGAAUGCCUGGAAAUACAUAAUCAAGUCGUACGAACCUCAAUCUCAAAAUAAGAAUUUCACAGCUACGGUCAUAGUUUUAGAGUUAUGUACAUCUGAUCACGUAAAAGAAUGGAUGAAGGAAUUCAUGAAUAUAAAUAAAUGUAAUUAUAUUUUGAAGCAUUUGGAUACUCGCGAGUCUCGUUUCGCAAAGUCAAAACACGUUUACAUGUGUCGUUACCUGAAUCGAAGAAGUAAUAAAUCAUCUUGUCAGAGCUGUAUUCGAAUCGUGAUUAGAAGAAAUUGGGAGAAUUCUGCAUACUUCGCUGUGAUAAACAUAAAAUACGUUCAUAAUCAUUCGCCCGAUUGUGCGGCCAUUUUACGUUACCGGUCUCCUUCCGAACAAGUCCAAGAAUACUUUCGCUCCAUGUUUGAAAACGGUUUCAGUCCUUCUCAAGCCCUGAACUCGUACAAACAACAUUUAUACGUCCAACAUACUUCUAAAUACGAAUCAGUAAUCGCUGAUCGAGCAAUUUGCCCUGAUCAAAGAUGGGUUUAUUAUUUUUAUCAAAAAUUCCUCAAACAAAAAAGCGGUCCUACUCCAACCGAGCAAAUGUUAGCAACGGUGAAAAACUCAAUCGACGAAUUCAAUUCUUCGUACGCUGAAACUGUUUGCCACUUUAAACAAAUCGACGAUAGUAAUUUCGUAGCUGUGAUUUUGACUCCUUUGAUGAGACGAGCCUCGUAUUUAGAUAAUUCCGGCGAAACGUUGUUCUUGAAUUACGAACCUGACGUGAGUCGUUACAGUCUCCACGUGUAUCUUUUAUUCACCGCGUGUUGCGCCGGAGGUAUCCCAAUCGGUGUGAUAAUCACAUCCGAUAAUUCUGAGUCCGUUAUCGCUGAAGGGUUUCAGUUAUACUGCGAUAUCGGCGAAGGCAAAGCUUUCGGUGGCAAGUUGAGCCCUGAGAUAAUAAUGGCUGAUCACUGUGCGAAUCUAAAAUCGGCGUUACGAAUGGUGUUUCCAUCGUCGCACGUAUUCUUUAGUAUAUUUCAAAUCCUCGAAUCUGGUUGGAAAUGGCUGUGGAACGUUGAAAAUGGUAUAGAUCCGAAAUACCGCAAAUCAUUCUACAAUUAUUUACAAAGGAUGAUGUACUGUUCUGAGAGCGAACUACUGGAUAUCAUUUUCGCCGAUCUGCUUUCCGAUGGUAAUGCCGAAAAGCAUAAAAAUUUCAUCGACUACGUAAACGAUUUAUAUUCUCGUCGAGAAGAAUGGGCCAUCUGCUUACGCGACAAUCUACCUUUCGAUAAAGAAAACAUCAAACACAUCGUGGAAAAGUCGAUGAAAGUGUUCAAAGAGAAAAUAUUCAAGAAAUUACGCUCCUAUAAUCCGGCUCAACUGUUGCAUUACGUCGUCGACAGCUUUAACUCAUUCUACGAGCAUAAACUCAUCGACGUGGCUGUGAACGAGAACUACAAUUACUUAAAUCCUCAAUCGAAUAUAAGUCAAGAGCUGCUGGCCAAAUACCAAAUGGAAUACAUCACAGAUUCAGUUAUAAUGCUCACCAAUAACAAGAAAAACGUUCAUUACGUCAUCAACAAAGACGUAGGUGUUUGUUCGUGUUACCUGGGCGAAGUCGGCCUGUCUUGUAAACAUUUAGGAGUUAUUAAUUAUAAUCUGAAUUUAAAAACCGAUACGGAUUACUCGAUAACGGAAGAGGAAAAACAGCAGUUUUACUACGUAGCUGUUGGACCUUCCAGUGAAACAGAACAAUUCGAAAAUCAAGUUGUCCUAUAUACCGAAGAUGGUUCGAAUCAAGGUAUCGAAAAUGAUGGUACCUUCAUCGUCACUGAAACCACAUCUUCUAAACUGGAAUCCGACGAUAUUUCCGCCGACGACGGUGUCGAAGAAGUGGUCAUCUUAGGGGACGAAGAACUCGGUGCUUACUUAAUGCUGAGUGAUGAUGACGAGGACGAGGAAUCUAUCGAUAUCGAUAUCGUCGAGUUCAAAGACAACGUACAAAAUUUAGUCGACAGAAUUACGAAUAAUGUUUCGAUUUAUUUACCUACAAUCGCCAAAGUAAACGAAAAACUACGUUCGUUGGCUCAACAAAGUGACGAAGUAGUAAUCAAAGCGUUGAAUAGUUUUACCUCCGAUGAUGUAUUAGGUAUGAUGUGAAAUGUGAUUUUCUUAGAUUUGUAUUUUUUUUUCUUUUUAAAUGUGAAUCAUUUUGUAUUUUAUUUAUUUCGUUCAUCGAAUUUUUUCAAGCUUCGUUUCCGUUUAAAAUAUAUCAUCUUAUUUAUUCAGUUUUCAA